CUGCGUCACGAGGUAGGCAAUGAGAUGCCAGUAGCGGACGCAGCAAGCCAGCCAGUCGACAGCGCGCGCUCGUCCAGUCCACACCUCUCCUCCGCUCACGACCUACCGUUCACCACCCGCCACCUGGGUUGUUCUAGGCGGGAGCCGCGGUGUGUUUGCUGCAGUUUUACUUGGCUUCAUCUUCAUUGGUUCGUGUCCAGCCAUGGCGGACCGAGGCCUCAGUCGGGCAGGAACCCCCAAGCCCAGCCAGGACACGCCACGGCGUGCACCCCAGCCCAGCCAGGACACGCCACGGCGUGCACCCCAGCCCAGCCAGGACACGCCACGGCGUGCUUCCCAGGCCAGCCAGGACACGCCAAGGCGUGCUUCCUCCUCCUCAUCUGUCUCACGGGACAGUUCACGGCCCAGGCGUGAUGAUGAUGACCGGUUAAGGAAGGACAAUAAGAGGACUGCUGUUGGUUUUGAUGGGUCGUCCGUCAAGCGUCUUUGUGCUUCCAAACCACAACAACCGUCCGGCAGUCAACAACCGUCUGGCAGUCAACAACCGUCCGGCAAUCAACAACCGCCUGGCAGUCUACAAUCAUUCGUCAGUCAACCCUGUUCGGACGAGGAUCCUUCUGCUUCAGACAAGAAAUUUGAUAUUCUCACCAAUCUGUUGAGUGGUUUAGUUGAAAAACUAGACAACCGCAUUACACGCAGUGCUUCGCCUUCACCGGUAGAUUAUGGUGGCUGUCAUGAAUUGUCCCCUUCUGAUAAUGAGGACGGUGAAGAGUCUGAGAGAGAUGAUCCAGACCCCCUAGAUGGAUUAGACACUAUCUCCCCCUCUUUUUCCGGUAGCCAACCCGCUACCUCUGGUGAUGACGCAGACUUCCUCCAAGCGUUGAGUGAAUUGUCUGACAAUUUUUUGGGCGAGGAAGCAAAAGGUGAACCAAUUUCUGAUUCACUUGCAUCAAUAGUCAAUGCCAGCCUGAGGCGUCGUCCUGUGGCCGACAUUGUAAAAUCAACCACUAAUAGGAUUAAAAUACCCAGCAAUGUGCCCAAUAUGAAAGUUCCAGAGACUAACCCUCCCAUUGUCAAAGCAAUGAAUACGGGAGGUAAACUUGUGGAUGCUCGACUAACCCAUAUUAAUGGACUGUUACUGAAAGCGCUUGUUCCCAUUACUCAGUGCGUUAGUGACGUGGGGGAAAGGAAAGGGAAGGCAGUGAAUUUUUACCUGGAAGGUUUAAAUGAUUGCCUUAGGCUACUAAUCUCCGCCUUCAAUUACACCAACCAGUUACGAAAGGAGGUGGCACGUGUUCACGUCAAUGACACUGCUCUUGCAGAACUCUGUAAAUGGGAGUGUGAAGUCGGUACUGACAAACUCUUCCCUUUCGACAUUGUGAAGAAAUGUGAUGAAAUGCAUAGAACCAAGAAGCUGGGAAGGCCGUCCUUCCGCCCCUACAAGACCUCCAGAGGGAAGAGCUUAUCCUUCGGUAGACAGGACCACAGGAGACCUUACAGCUCACGAGCCCGGUCAAAGCUUCCUUCAAGGCCUUUUUUAGGCCUGCGGCAGUCUUACGGGAGGAGGACGCAGCCAUACAAACUUCCCCAGUAACGCCUCCCACAGUGCCUCCCACAAUCUGCCUCCUCCAGCAAGGCAUCCCUGACUCUACCUGUCUCCACAAUCAUGGCCACUGUGGGGUGGUCGUGUGAGUCUGUUUUUGCUAAAUUCUACAGGAGGCCGUUGUCCAAGCGGACAGAUUUUGCUAGUGCAGUGUUGGGCUGAGGAGGAUUGUUGAUUUGCACAUGGAUUGCAGCCUGUUCUAUUAUUUGUGUUGAGUUUCACUUCUGUACUACCUUAUAUCGUUACUUGGGAAAUAAAUGGUUAUUCUUUGUCUAUUUUUCCUUUGACACCACUAAGGACUACGUUAGGUUUGAGGAAUCACUCUUAAGCUCUCAUUGCCUACCUCGUGACGCAGUUAACUACCGUGAAGUGAAAUUAUACGAUUAAGCGAGUACUUACCGGUACGAUGGUUGAUCGUAAUUUCACGAACAGUUAACUGCGUCACUGAGGUAGUAAAUGCCCUCCCUUUUCCCUCCCAGUGUUUUGUCCCCUCGUUAGGUUCUUUCCUACUGAUGUGCCUCCUUGUCAAUGGUUGGCUGCUUCCUCAAACCUCUCUAAAGGACUGGCUUGCUGCGUCCGCUACUGGCAUCUCAUUUACUACCUCAGUGACGCAGUUAACUGUUCGUGAAAUUACGAUCAACCAUCGUACCGGU